AUGAGAUAUGCAAUUUUCAGAAUAGAAAAUAAAAUAUAAUAGAGAGGCUGUAUGGAGUUUUGGCUUAGAAUCAUUUGCCUUCUAUCUAUUUCAAUAUUUUAAGAUUAAAAAACAAAAAAAAAAAAUUGUGCCUCCUGAUUUUUGAGGAAUAAAUCCUUUUUAUUUGGAUUUCCUACUAGAAUUAUCCCCAAAAAUGUCUGAUCUUCCUUUUGGACCUCCAGUGCGAGUAUCGCCACUCAUCAGGUUUGGUCGUUGGUCAUUCCUGACGGCCGGUGUCCUGUACGGGGCCUUCCACCAAAGCAGGCUGUCCAAGAAGGAGGCCAAGUUCCGUGAGAUCGAGGCCAAAGAGAAGGUGGUCAGGGACGCUAAGAUCAAGGCAGAGAAGGAGAUGGCUGCCGCUGCGGAACUCAAAUCUUUAGAAGAGAUGGUCAACACUCCCAAGAAAUGAACCGGAAGCGCCAA